CCUUGCAUGCACAAUCUCUCUCUGUCCCUGCAGCAGUACAGAUGGCCGCAAAGCCAAGGGCAUCUUCUGAUCCUGCAAAUAAGCCCUGCAAAACCAUGGCAUCAAAGAAGCAGCUGGCAGACAGACACUGGCAGCUCGUCAGAUGGUGGCCACUGCUCAUUUUGGAGAGGAUUCUGGCUUGGAUCAGUUCGGCUCAUGGAGAUGGUGUUGCCUUUAACUCCAAGUACGUCAAAGAGGGUAAGUUUAAAGUAGAGGAGCGGACACUGACGGCCUUUCACUGGCUUUAUCCUCCCUGUCAACAUCGUCUUGUAAGCAGGACAGAGCUUCAACUACCUGACCGGAUCGACAAGUCCACUGUGGCAUCCCUUCGGUCUAGAAAGCAGGAGCUGCUGAAGCACUCUGAUGCAUCUACAAAUGAUCGGCCCCCGUCGCCUCCACACACUGCUCCUCCAUCGAUGAAGUCUGCGGAGUUCUUUGAUAUGCUGGAGCGGAUGCAGGUCUCCAAAACAGAAGAACAGAAGAGUGGGACCCAGAAAAACAAGGAUGACUACAUUCCCUAUCCCCGAAUUGAAGAUAUAUUAGACAAGGGAGGACCUUAUCCUCAGAUUAUUCUACCUCAGUUUGGUGGUUACUGGAUUGAGGAUGUGGAAAACGUUAGCACUCCCACAUCUUCAGAAAGCAGUUUUUAUGAUGAUGAAGAAGGGGGAUUAAGUCCUGGGACCUGCGGAUACAAGUUGGAAUGCAACAGCACUCUGCGGGCGUAUCGUAACCACUUCCUGGGCAAGGAACAUCUGAAUUUUUACUGCACAGGAAGCAGCCUUGGAAAUCUUAUACUCUCCCUUAAGCACGAAGAAACAGAACCCCAAGAGUUUCUGAGGAUAAUACUCAGAUCCAAAUCUAAAACACUCCAUGACAGAAUCCAGCUGUCUGGACUCGGUAAAUGUCCUAGUAUUCCACAGAUUGCCAAGGUGUUAUGUGAUGAUGUGACAGGUGUAAAAUUCAACCCAGUGCUUUACCCAAGAGCAUCUCAGAAGAUACUUGCCUAUGAUGAGCAUGAGCUCAAUGACACUUUUAAAUUUGGAGUUAUUUAUCAGAAAUUUGGGCAGGUAUCAGAGGAAGAACUCUUUGGGAACAAUGAGGAGAACCCUGCCUUUGUUGAGUUUCUUGAUCUUUUAGGAGACAGAGUUGAACUUUUGGACUUUAAAGGAUUUCGAGGAGGACUUGAUGUUUCCCAUGGUCAGACGGGUACUGAGUCUAUUUACACUGUGUUCAGGGAAAAAGAGAUCAUGUUUCAUGUAUCAACAAAACUGCCUUUCACUGAAGGAGAUGCCCAACAGCUGCAGAGAAAACGACACAUUGGCAAUGACAUUGUGGCUGUGGUGUUUCAGGAAGAGAGCACACCAUUUGUCCCAGACAUGAUUGCCUCCAACUUCCUUCAUGCUUACAUUGUGGUGCAAGUAAAGGAUCCCUGCACUGAAAACACCACCUACAAGGUGGCAGUAACAGCACGGGAAGAUGUACCCAGCUUUGGCCCACCACUGCCAAAUCCAGCCAUGUUUAAGAAGGGCUUGGACUUCAGAGAAUUCCUCCUCACGAAACUGAUCAACGCUGAGAAUGCCUGUUACAAGUCAGAUAAAUUUGCCAAACUAGAGGGUCGAACCCGUGCUGCCCUGCUGGAUGCACUUCAUGAUGAGCUUCACAAUCACACACAGGCCAUGAUGGGACUGGGGCCUGAUGAAGACAAACUGGAGAAUGGCAGCCAUGGAGGCUUAUUGGAGUCAUUUAAGAGAGCAAUUCGUGUGAGAAGUCACUCAAUGGAGACCAUGGUGGGAAGCCACAAGAAGCAACAGAGCUCAGCAGUUCCUGGCAGCCUAAGUGGAGUUAUAUCGCAGAACAGCUCCGAGUGUACGAAGACCACUUUCUCGCCCCCUGUCAUGUCAGCAAGAAGUCCACUGAGAAGCCCAGCAAAGCGCCGUUCAGGGCUCUUCAAUCGCCUUUACAGCUCAUCUGACAAUCAAGCAGACACCAGGCACCGAAGUGACAGCUUCUCCAACACCCAGAAAACUCCUGAUGGCAGCCAGGUGCCUCUAGAGCUAAAAUCGGAAACAUCGUCUAACCCUAGCUCUCCAGAAAUCUGCACAACAAAGGAGCGGACCAAUAUCAAACUGAAGGACACAGGACGGACAAACAUCUCCCGAUCCUCAUCAAGCACCAGCAGUUUCAGCAGUGCGGCAGGAGAAGGAGAGAACCUUGAGGACUUUGAGAGUGCAAGCAGUCAACCAUUAGUGGCCUCCCCAUUCCGCACCGAUGCCUUUGUGUACAGUCCCUCGAGCAGUGAAAGUCCGGCACCCUCCACACCAGUCAUCAUGUGUCGUAGUCCCACAGAAGGGAAGACCAAAACCUCUCCAAGAUCCAAUUUGAAAUUCAGAUUUGACAAGCUAUCCCACUCUGGCAGUGGACACUAGCACAGACUGCCGGAGACAUGUCUCCAAAAAUUAAGACUGCUGAAUGAAUGAAUUUGAUUGGGUCGUGCAAGAUCCAUAAUAAACUUGUCGUUGCGGCGCCUUCUAUACAACAACAUCUGCCUGCUGCUGUUUCCACACAUAACCGGAGAGGUUCAGGUGUGUAGCACAGAAGCAUACAAGGCUGUUUAAGUACAUACGGAGAAGAGACUGGAACUCAGGAAGGUGUUUGCACAAUCACGUCACAAAUGCAAACUUGAGACGAUACUGGAGACAACCUGGCCCCUGUGGCCACCAUGAACCGCUCAAAGUCCAUAACAUGUUUAAGAUGUAUACAUCUAAAGUCAAAACCUGUAAGAAAAUAUAGCAGUAGGUGUUAACAGAAUCAACACACAUCCCAUAUCAGUCCCUUAAGGGCUUCCAGGAAGAUCUUGGCUUGAAUCAUUUUCUUCAGACUAUGGAAAGGUCCCAUUUUAUGGAUGAUCUCCAGAAGGGUUUACCACAUUUCUCAGUGUUGAAUGUGAAAAACAAAAACAUUUUCAUCUCGGUUUAUAUUCAUUCUUUCUUUCUGAAGAAAUCUUGACUGUGGGGCACAUCUGCCUAUUCUGUGGUGUUCCCCGUUUAACCGUUCAUACUAUAGUGGAGAGUAAUGUCAUCAGUUCAGCCUUAAGGCCUGUACCCUACAAACCCUGAUUGAACCUGGCAACAUUCAAUCUGGCUGUCGUGUAUCCUCCUUACAGAUCUCUUUAUGGCACUCCUGUUGUUUGGCUAACUAGGAUCCUUAUCAGCCUCUCUUAUCAAUCUAAGGGUACAAAAAGGAGGAGGAGGAGGAAGGAUGGUCUUAUGGAUGCCACCUGAAAACGGAGCAUGUCGCCUAGACAACUUACUAGAUAUUCUUCCUGCCUAUUGAUUUUAGUUAAGCUUAUGUUCCUGAUUUUAUCAAAUUUUCCUAACUCAUGAAGUUGGGUUUCUUUCCUGCAACAUAAUCAGAGACAUUCUUUUACUUUUGACGACAAACAGGGGGGCAUUCUCUAGCAUUGUGUCCCUAUUUGUUGUGAAUUGGUCUCAGCUUUAUUUUCACACAUUUAUCUUUGGCAAGAAUAAAAGCCAAUGACACACAGAUUACAGUGUAAACGUGGUAGCUGGCAUUGUAUUUCAAUGGCAUUAAAGUUUACCUCCAUCCUACACAAAUCAAUGUCUGAUUCUGUGAUUGGUUGUUAUUCCUGCCCAUCUCUCCCAGUCUGAAGUGAACACAAUGCUGCAAUCUGAGACCAUGUUCUAUAGAGACAGUUUUAAAUUCAUAUCCAUUCUGUUCACCUUGCUUUUGACUAUCUGUAUGAUGAAGUCCAAGUCUCCCUUCACGCAGGGUAAGUGGAACAGAUUUUUCAGUGUGAUUUCUCCUGUUAUUUGUGGAUUAUAUUCUGCCAAUCAUGAGCCUGUGUCAAAAUGCACUCUUAGAUGAGAGACCAUACAGUUGGAGCCUCAGUAACAACACACACUUGACUACCUGCGUGACGCCAGCUUUCUUAAGUAGAUUUACUGUAGUGUAGGUACAAGCUGAGCCUCCUGGUGGCAGAAACCCUUUGAUAGCCUGCCAAGAGUCCACUUAGCUGUUGAGCUGCAUUUUCAAGCUCUGCAUCCACACUUUCUUCAUGCCGUGUAUAGUACUUGUGAUCCCUGUGGCCAGAAUCCUCGGCUUGUCAUGCUUCAGAUUCUGUAGAAUUAUCGAUAUCUCUAAGGUUUCAAAUCCCUAGAGUGCCUACAUAGCCAAAUCUUUCAGACAGUAGAUUCACAAAGUGCACCCGUGUCCCCAUAGGUCAGCCUUUCUAUCCUCAAAAUGUACAAUGGAUCACCGUCUUGUAACAUUUCACAGCCUGCCGCUAUACUAGUCUCUUGUGCUGUGUAGUUUCCAAUUACUAGUUGUAUUCAGAUCUCAAGAGUUUCUUGUUGGAACUGAAUUGACCAUUCAGGGAGAGAGGGUUUCCCUACUGGUGACAGACACGUGACAAAGACCCCAGCUGGGGCACAAUUUUAUAACGGCGAUGUAUG